GUUUUCCCAUCCUCAACUGUUGAAACAAUUCACAAUUCUUUAUGUUUUAUGUUUUUCUUAGAUUUAAAGCUUGUUUGAAUCUUAAAAACGUCCUAAUCACAAGUGAAGUCCUUCCGAUCUCUAAUUGAUCCUUUGCAUCUAUUUAUCAUCUUUCCAUUGCAUCUGCGGAUAAGAGCUAGAUCCUUCUUCUUACUUAGAAGUACAUAGAAUAUUGCUUCUAUUUUAUAUUCAUCAAAUUUAAUUCCCAAGUUAUAGAAGCAUUCCUCCUGGUGUCUUAUUUUUGUCUGGAUUAAAACAUUGCCUUUGUUCUGAUGCUUUCUCUAACAGGUGCAGAGAAUGAUCCUAGAAAAAAUCCUUCUAGUGAUUUGAAGACUCAGUUUUGGUUAGCAUUUUUAGUUGGAAGUUCUGCUUGUUUGUUUUUUUGCAUUUUUCGCCGACGAUGGAAUGUGCUUUACGCACCACGAGUUUCUAUACAGGAAUUGAAGCUUCCAACACUUUCGUCUUCCAGCUAUCUGUGGUUAGUCGAUCUUAUAAGAAUCCCUGAUUAUGUUUUUCAAAACUGUGCUGGGUUAGAUGGUUAUGUGUUCCUUUUAUUCUUUAAGAUGGCUAUAAAGUUUCUUGCCUUCACCUCCUUGUUGGGUUUCACUGUAAUUAUGCCCGUUAAUAAACACUUUCGAGGUGACGCCUUUGGAAAUAUAACUUUAUCUGGCGUUUUUACCUCGUCUCCUUCGAGCUUUCAUUCGCUCACUAGUUUGUCACCACCAAAUGUACAGUCCCCACUGACGAAUCAGGAUUCCAUUUCUCUGAAACAAACCACAAAUACCUUUAGUAAUUUAACAGAUAUUCCAGGGCUCCCUGGACCUGGUGAUGGGUUCCUUUAUCUGUAUGUUAUAUUUACAUACGUUAUAUCUAUCUAUCUGCUUUAUGUUUUAUUUUCAUCUACAAAGCUGAUAGCUGAUAUUCGACAAUCAUACCUUGCUCGACAAACUCGUCUUGCUGAUCGUACUGUCUUUAUUACCGGUCUCCCUCCUGAUUUGUGCAGCUCUGAAGCUUUGAAGAGUUAUUUAGAAAAGCUCGAUAUAGGCGACGUUGCUAAGGUUAAUAUCUGCCGUAACUAUACUGUUAUAGACUCCCUUCUCUCCAAGCGUAAAGCUUAUGCCCAAAAUCUCGAAAAGUAUUGGCAUGCUUACGAAAAGAAUUCCUUACUUCAUGGUUUUCAGAUCCCUAGUAUUCCAGAUACUUUGGUUUCCGGCUCUGUACCCUACACUGAAACUUCCCAGUAUUUGUUGUCGUUGCCAAGAGGUGAAUUAGAAUGUCGUCCCAUGGUUCGAACUCAUUUUUUUGGACUUGUUGGACAGCAGAUUGAUGCCAUUGACUUUUAUUCAGCAAAAUUGCUAAGUGUGGAUCGAAAAAUUGAAUCUGCCCGCCGUUUGAACCAUCCUGCAACGGGAGAGGCAUUCGUUACUUUCGAGUCUAUGGCUAGUGCCCAAAUCGUUGCUCAAAUUCAUAUCGAUGCGAAGUCUUUGAUGGGUCUACAUAUCUCUUUAGCACCUGCGUCAAAUGAUAUUCAGUGGCAUCACACUUACAUAGGCCGAUGGCAUCGUUUCUUUCGAUCAUGGCUGAUUACUCUUCUGACGCUAAUGAUUAUCUUACUUUGGACCGUUCCUGUCGGAGCAAUUGCUGUCUUUAUAAAUCUCGAUAAUAUCAGUAAACUCUGGCCCGAAUUAGGACGUCUAAUCCAAGACGUUCCAUUUUUGAAUUCGCUUCUUCGUACCUUUCUUCCCACUUUGGUGUAUUCCUUGUUUAUUAGUAUAUCUCCUUACCUGUUUCAAUGGCUAUCUAAAAUGCAAGGUUUUAAUUCCCGAGGUGAGGAAGAAAUAUAUUCAGUUGGAAAGAAUUUCGCAUAUUUGUUCGUCAACUUUUUCCUAGUUUAUAUAAUCGCAGGUUCCACCUCUUACUGGGAAUUAGUUAAGGAUACUACUACGCUUGCUCAUUUUCUUGCUAAUAGACUUCCGAAUCAAGCCCAAUUUUUUAUUGACCUUAUCGUACUACAAGGCAUUGGUAUGUUUCCAUUAAAAUUGAUUCAACUUGGGAAGCUUUCAAUGUAUAUUAUACGUCGCUCAUUUGCAAAUCAUUCGCAAGACUAUCGAGAACUUGAGAAACCAGAUUCGUUUAGUAUCGGUAUCUAUUUACCUCAGCCGAUGUUUAUUUUAAUGAUUUGCCUUUGCUAUAGUAUAAUUUCUCCUCUCAUUUUGAUCUUUGGAUUAAUAUACUUUAUCGUCGGAUUUUUAGUAUACAAAUAUAAGCUCAUUUAUCAAAUGGAGCACCCUCAGCACUCUACUGGAAAGUUAUGGGGUAUUAUUUUUGAGAGAAUUAUAUUUGGUUGCUUGCUUUUACAGCUCACGAUGAUGGGUUUAAUGAGUUUAAGAAAGGCUUAUUGGCUUAGCACUGUCAUUUUUCCCCUUCUUUGCUUCACGCUUACUUCUGCCUACAAUUUUUCUAAAAUGAUUCAACCAGCGAUGGAAUUCGUUUCUUUAUACUAUGUUCGAAUGAGUCAAUCCAAUCAGCAAAAUCCAGAAAAUAGUAGUCGGUCCUCUGAAGGAUCCUCAGCCUAUAUCCAUCCAGGGUUCAUCAAUUGCGAAUCUGACGGUUCCUGAUUUCGAAGAAAUCGGUAUGACAUAUAAUGCUUUUAAUUCAAAAAGCUUUAAUAAUCUCGAGAUUCACGUUCUUUAUUAUUAUUUAUGGAGUCUCUGCAUCAUUUAAAUUUUAUUUAUUUGUUUUGUUUAGCUUAGAUUUUCGAUUUUUAAAUUAUUAUUCCUAGUCUCAUUAAGUGAAUAAUUUAAUUAGUAGUCUAGUAAAACGCAAGAUGUUGUAGAGUGAUAUGAUGGACCGAGUUAUUAUAUAUUUAAUACAAUGGGAAUUGGG